UUUGACAUUAUUCAAAAUUUCAACACGUCAUCCUGUUGUCCAACGUGGUGAGAUCCCGGUGGCUACCGACAACACACAGCCCCUCUGCCCACACUGCUAACUUGCGCCGUCCCCCUGCUCUUCUCUUGACGCCUCGCUUUUCUUGCAUAUAAAUCCCUCUCUACUCUCAGCUCUAAAUCUCAUUGUUGCAUUGGAUUUUCAUAGCAUUUUAGUGCAUUUGUUCAGUUCUAAAGUUCCAGUUUUGUUUUUCGUUUUGGGAUCUGUGGUCUUACUGUGGGUUUCAUUUUAAGCAGAUGAAUUGAGAUUUGGGGUUUCAAAAUUUUCUCUUGCUCGUUUGAUGGUUCGAAAUCAAGUGAGAAAGUUCGGUUUUUUAUGCGGGGAUCUGCUGAUUAGCAUGUGAUUGAACUCUGAUGCGACGCAGCCCACGGGCGUUGGUUCCUUUUGAAGCAAUGGAGAAGGGUUCCCCUAAGUAUCAACCAACCCGGCUCUGUUUUUUAGUUUGUUUAUCAGCUUUUAUCUGGGUUUUGCUUUUGCAUGGCCAUUUUGUACUCCUAGGAGGUGGCCCUACUGUUGAGGAAUCAGUUGAACCAGAACCAGUCAAAUUGGAAUCUCCUUUGGUUAAUGUUGAGUCCAUCUCUGCUCGGGUGUCCAAUGCCCGUGUAGAGAAGGAGAAACCACCACCCGUGCAACCUGUUAGGAAUACAGCUGGUGAAAGGGCGGUGACUUACCCGUUUAUGAGAGCCUUGAGGACGGGGGAAAACAAGAGUGAUCCAUGCCGGGGAAGGUAUAUAUAUGUGCAUAAUCUUCCUCCGAGGUUUAAUGAGGAUAUGCUUAAGGAGUGUAAGAGUUUGAGUCUUUGGACUAAUAUGUGUGAGUUUACCAGUAAUGAAGGGCUUGGUCCACCACUUGAGAAUGUGGAAGGGGUGUUUGAGAAUACUGGGUGGUAUGCCACGAAUCAGUUUGCGGUGGAUGUGAUAUUCAAUAAUCGGAUGAAGCAGUAUGAGUGCUUGACUAAUGAUUCUUCGAUUGCAGCUGCUGUAUUUGUGCCCUUUUAUGCAGGGUUUGAUAUUGCAAGGUAUCUUUGGGGAUAUAAUAUCUCAAGGAGGGAUGCUGCUUCACUUGAUUUGGUUGAUUGGCUGAUGAAGAGGCCUGAGUGGGGUAUAAUGGGAGGCAAGGAUCAUUUUCUGGUGGCUGGGAGGAUUACAUGGGAUUUCAGGAGACUGACUGAUGAGGAAUCUGAUUGGGGCAAUAAGCUUCUUUUUUUCCCUGCUGCAAGGAAUAUGUCGAUGCUUGUGGUUGAGUCAAGCCCCUGGAAUGCGAAUGACUUUGGCAUUCCAUAUCCAACGUACUUCCAUCCUGCAAAGGAUGAGGAAGUGUUUAUCUGGCAAGAUCGGAUGAGAAAUUUGGAGAGAAAGUGGCUAUUCUCCUUUGCUGGUGCGCCACGUCCUGGUAAUCCUAAGUCAAUAAGGGGGCAGAUUAUCGAUCAGUGUAAGAAGUCAAGAGUGUGCAAGUUGUUGGAGUGUGAUUUUGGGGAGAGCAAGUGUCAUUCACCUAGCAGUAUAAUGCAGAUGUUCCAGAGCUCCCUGUUCUGCCUACAACCUCAAGGAGAUUCGUACACACGACGAUCUGCUUUUGACUCAAUGUUGGCUGGAUGCAUUCCUGUCUUCUUUCAUCCUGGCUCAGCGUACACACAGUACACUUGGCAUCUUCCAAAAAAUUAUACUACAUAUUCGGUGUUCAUCCCAGAGGAUGAUAUUCGGAAAAGGAACGUUAGCAUAGAGGAGAGGCUUAGUCAAAUUUCUCCUGAACAAGUGAAGUUCAUGAGAGAGGCAGUCAUAAAUCUAAUUCCUAUGCUUAUAUAUUCAGAUCCUCGCUCUAAAUUGGAGACUCUUCGAGACGCUUUUGAUGUUGCUGUCCAGGCAGUCAUUGACAAAGUUACAAGGUUGAGAAGGAACAUUAUCCAGGGUCGAACAGAAUAUGAUAACUUUGUGGAGGAAAAUAGUUGGAAAUAUGACUUGUUGGAUGAAGGGCAGCGUGAGGUGGGAGCUCAUGAAUGGGAUCCUUUCUUCUCAAAACCAAAGGAUAAGCAGAGAGAUCAAUCUGCUGAAGCUGCUAAAAAUUCUUGGAAGAAUGAGCAGAGAGAUCAAUCAUAACUGGAAGUUGAAGCAGUCUAUGAGUUGAACUCAAGCUUUAAUGCAGUCUCCCGGCCUCAAAACAAGAGUUCCUGUUUUGAGUUGGGUAGAUAGCAGGUAUAACCUUGUAAGGGCCAUCAUGUUCAUCAACUGUAGUUAUUGGCACCAAGCAUAUCAGGCCGAAACGUUGUUUCGAACCAAAACAUGUAUACAUAUUCUCUGCACCAAACACAGUUCAUAUAGAUUUUUCUCCUUUUGAGCUACGAAUUUGCGUAGUGAUUCUUUGUAACGUAUUGUAGCUGAAAUCUUGUCUGUUUAACGUGCCUGUCUUACCAAUGCAUGCACUAAAUAAUAACUAAUAACCAGUUUUUUGCUUCAUUAUGGAGAUUUGGGAAUCAGCUUUUAUGUACUUUCAAUCAUUGUAUUGAAUUCGUUCUGCUGCAAAGCUAUAUAUGUAAACAUUGGCUUACAUGAGUCAAUUAUCUAAUAAUCUUGUAGUAUUUGGUAACCUUUAAUCUGUUGAAACACAUCAAGUAAAUCAGGAACAACUCCAUGUUGUUCUCACUUCUCGUAGAGAUUGUUA